AUGUCAACCGCGGGAGAAAGAGAUGCUGUAUUUCGUAGCACCAAAGUCCGGACCAAGCUGAAGGGAGACGGCAGCUGGUUGCAGCGCCGCAAUGAAGCUCAGGCUGAAACCCAGGACGAGAAACCAUGGAUGGCAGAAGUGAGAGCCAGCCGUUUGAACGGAGCCCCUAUUGAGACCAGUCCAGUGUCUUCACCAACAAAACCCACACCUCCACCUGCAAAGACUGACACUGACAGAUCAACAUCAGGAUACCUCAUCAGAGCCCCCCACACUGUAAGGCCCACUUCAGAGAACCAGGAGGGCCAGCUUAGCCCCGAGGAGCAGGAGAAACGGGUGGAGAUUACUGAUGAUGAUGAGAGCGCUGUGACUCCAGCACCUGCCAGCGCUGUGCCGCCGUCCCCUGCUGUUGCCAUCACAUCUGUUGCCUCUGCGCCUGAGCCCAAACCUCGGAAAUUAGUCAGCGCCGGUGCUAAGACAGCUGUUGAUGUUGCUGUUAAUGAGCCAGUGGCUCCAAAGGUGGAGGAGGCCACCCCAGAGCCUGUGAAGAAAGACCCCCUGCCAGUGUCUGUUACAGGAAAAGAUCCAUUUGAAGACAUGACGCCUGGCUGCACCAAAGUGGCCACUCCUCUCCCUGAGCUGAUCGUCGAGUGUAUUCAAGCAGCGUCUUCAAAGCCAGAACCUGAGGAGUCAGACACUUCUGGGAAGGCUGACAGCCCUCUGGCUGAGCGUAGCCCUCCAGUCUCACCUACUCCAGAACCAGAGCCAGAACCAGAGCCAGAGCCAGAGCCAGAACCAGAGCCAGAACCAGAGCCAGAGCUAGAACCAGAGCUGAAAACUGAAUCAUCUCCAAAACCAAGCUCCAGCGCUGACACGCUCACUGCCUUGUCCGACACCCUUAUUUCUUUCGACGGAAGUUCAUCCAGCUUUAAGGACGAGGAGCCAGAGCUGGCAAAGAAAGAAAGAGGCUCAGCGGACAGUUACACCACAGAGAACAGUGUUGAAGAAGAGCCAGCGCCCAGCAUCUGUGAACCACUAACAGACGACCUCCUGGGUUUCAAUGAUCGUUCGGAGGAGUCAGCAGAGCCCGUUCCCUCCAGCCCUGGACGCUGGAGUCAGGAUCUGCUUAGCGGACUAGACAGUGAGUCAAGCCCAGAAAAAACCAGCGGCACCCUGGACCUCCUGGCCAACGAUGUGAUUGUGAUCAACUCAGAGGCACGCAGCCUCAGCAUGCAGCGAGAGGAGGAGGAGAAGCAGACAGAUGAGACAGCCAAAGAAACACAAAGUCCCACAGAGACCGUCACUAUAACGACCAAAACUGUGAUCAUUACUGACAAAAGUGAGGAGGACAGCGCUGAUCCCUGGAGCUCACGUGUGACGACCAAAGUCACCGAAUCAAGCUCGGCUGAUCCGUUUGAUCCAUAUCCGAUAGGGACCACAUCCCCUAACAGCUCCUCUGACCUGCUCCAGCCCCUCUCUGAUAUUUCCAUCAACAGUGCACCAGCAACUUCCACAGAGGAGGAAACCUUAAGUCCAAAGACAAAUUACAACAGUAAUGCAUUGGAGAGCCUUGCAGACGACGUCAUCCCUGACAGCCUCAGCACUCAGCGGUCAUGGACGCGCACAUGGGAAACCAGCUCACCACAGCAGACUAACGUAGAAGAGAGCGAAGAAGCUGAACCAGAGGCAGGAGGGCAAACUGAAGAUCAGACGCUGGUCAUGUUCGAGAGAAAGUCCACUGAGAAUGACUCCCCAUGGGACAGAUGGACAUCCCCCACUGUCUACACCAUCACCAGCACUACUGGAGAAGAUGAAGAAGAGGAGGAAGAGGAGGAAGAGGAGGAAGAGGAAAGCCCCAAGGAUACACAGACAGUCACAACCAUCACCACUUUCAGGGAGACACACAGCGAGCCAGAGCCUGCUAUGGAUCGCUCUGAAACCUUUACCAGGACCGUGAUGGAAGAGGAGCAGCGCACCGAAUCACCAGAACCUGAAGCCAAAAGGGGGUUUGUGUAUGUGAAGGAGUAUGUAAAUGCAACCGAGAUGUCAUUGCAUAACCCCAGAGACGCAAUCGAUAGCGGGUCAGAUUAUUUGACUUCAAGCUCCAUCGGUUACUCCUACAGCAGCCCCUCCACUUACUCCAGCAGCGCCCUGCUGUCAUCCACCUGUACGUACUGCGGAGAGCAGGUGGGCAACGAUGCCAAGAUCACCAUCGAGCACCUCAACAUCAACUGCCACCCCGCCUGCUUCAAGUGUGAUGUGUGCAGUAAGCCUAUGGGAGACCUUCUCUACAGUAUGUUCAUACACGGUGGGAAAGUCCACUGCGAGAGCUGCUACUCCACAGUCAACUGAUUAUCGAAGCUCUUCAGCAGCCUCUUAUCCUCGUCCCCUUUCCUUCGUGUUCAUUUACAUAUAAAGUGAGAACUCCGCUUUCACAAAGUUUGGACCGAGUUCGUGUUUGAACUUAGGAAUAAUAUAGUUUAAGGUGAUCAAAGAGACGGUCAUAGUGAAUAUGAUUACUUAAUGUUGACACAUACAUUAUGUUACAUUUCUAAUGUCUCAAACAUGUUAUACAAGCUUAUGUUGUUGUUUUUUUUUUCUUUUCUUGAUGGUGAAAGCUGUAUCUGCCUCCGUUUACUAUGAAGGAUAUGUCUGUCCAAAGCAAUGUGCUACGUACAUAACCGAACAGACUAACACUGGCAAGUGGGGAACAUAUUAUGAGUUAGAAAAAAUGACUUUGUUACAAAAUGUUUACUUCUUUUGCUUCUUCUUGAUACAAAAUAGUGUGUUCACAUGAUGCUUUGUUAACAAAAUAAAGUGAUUUCUAUAA